GUAACUGUUAAUUUGGCAUUUAAAAAAAAGAGGCAAUCAGAAAACACGUUUCAAAUAUAAUUCUCAUCAGGCCUCAUAAGUGUUCAAAGGGACAGUCUCCAAAUCGUAUCCAGUCUAUCUCAACGGCCUCUCUACGUGUCAAUAAAGAAGGCCCGUUCCCCGAAACGUCGUUUACUUACAACAUUGAGGAUUGUGUAACAUUCGUUAGGGUUAUUGCGGGCGACGUUGGUACCUAAGUUUCCGUAGUGUAGUGGUUAUCACGUUCGCCUAACACGCGAAAGGUCCCCGGUUCGAAACCGGGCGGAAACAUAGCUUUUAUUUUUUUUUAUAUUAACGUUCAUGUAGCUACAUUUUGUAUUAUUAUUGAUCGUAAAAUGUUAAUUUGCUUUUAAAACGUCGCACGAGCAUCUAAAACGUUAUUAUAAUGGAGCUAAUCGAGCGCUUCCUGCUUUUUCUUAUCGACGCUAGGAUUUGGAAAUUAAUUUCACCGCAGCUUGCGAUGCACUUUAUGAGAGCCCUUAACCAAGAAGACGCUUUCUAGAACUCGACAUUACAACAGGCAAUUAUUACACGAGGGGCAAAGCAAAACUGAGAAAUGUACACUCAUGUUAAUUGGGUAAAACUAAUUACAUUUUGAGAUACGAAUUCGGAACAACGAACGGCAUUAGGGGGCGAUAUGACCAUUUAAGUUCCGAACGCAAGUGCAUCGUAAACAAUAUAAGCGAUAAUCAUGUGCACUUUUAACAUAAGUCUGGCCUUUUACAGGCUUAAAUGUUUGCUUCACGUUUACUACAUCGGAAUAAGAGUGAUGCUGCUGCAGCUAGUCACGCCGGUCUUUGAGCCCCGAGCUUUGCCCCGCCAGACCGGGCGUGUUGCCGUGGUGACUGGAGGUGGACGAGGAAUCGGGUUGGAGACAGGGAGGCGACUGGCUGAGUUGGGAGCCCACGUCAUCCUUGCGUCCAACAAUGAGAAGGAAGGGAACGAGGCCGCUCAAGCCCUGCGUUCAGACACGGGGAAUGACGAUGUGGAUUUCAUGCACCUGGACCUGAGAUCCCUCUCGUCCGUGCGAGACUUUGUGAACCGCUUCCGAUCACGAAAGCUGCCCCUGCACAUCCUCGUGAACAACGCGGGUGUGAUGCUGGUGCCACUGCGGCUGAGCGCUGACGCGCUAGAGGAGCACCUCGCUGUCAACUGUGUGGGGCCAUUCUUGCUGACGGCGCUUCUAACUGGCGCCUCCGAGGGCCCGACCCCCUUGCGCGUCGUCUGCGUCUCGUCGGCCACGCAUCGCGCUGGGCGCCUCCUCUUCCAUGACAUUAACUGCAGCGAACGCUAUUCCUCAUACGCCGCCUAUGCCCGCUCCAAGUUGGCACUCACGCUAUGGUCGCGUCAGCUGCAUGAGCAGGGGGGCGGCCAUGUCACCAGUGUCGCCGUGGACCCUGGGGUCGUGGACUCUGAACUCUACCGCCACGCGGGUGCCUUUUUCAGGAUGGGCCAGUGGCUCACGGGCCGAUUCCUCUUCCGGUCCACCCGCCAGGCUGCAGCCGGUGUCACGUAUGCUGCCACUGCCCCCGAACUGAAAGGCCGCCCUUGGGCCUACCUGGAAAAUGGCCACCAGAUUGAGCCUGCACAGGCCGUGGAAGAUGUGGCGCUGCGCACACGCCUUUGGGAAACUUGCUGCCUCCUCUCCGGCCACCGCUGGUGACACUUGGACCACAAGCGGAGAUACAGCGACCUCGCGAUGACGCGAAAAUUACUUUAUAAAAAUAAUGGAUCUGUGAUCACUUAUUACCCAAAGCUCUACAAGCAAAUUAAGUAAAUGUUGUAUGAGCCGCUAAACCCCGACGCUAAGGAGUUCUGCCCCCACUCUGUCCUGAUGGCGGGCGGAAUUGUGCUCUGGAGAUGAAGGGCCCCUCCCCCACCCUUCAGCAGCUUGGCUUCGCCAUUUGUGAGGGUUUGGUUGAGGUCCAUCCGAAUUUCCUCUCAAAAACACUUGUAAAGCCGUCCACUCAAACAAGCUCUUUGAGCACGGCUACUCAGAUUGGUUUACCAAAAACUGCCCUUGAGUUUAUCUCAGGGAUCCGAGGCGACCAGCUGUUCUCUGCAUCAGACCCGAACGGGAUUCACGUGGUUUGGUGACGUUCAGGGUGAUGCGAGCAAGUGGAUGUUUUUUUUUAUUGUUGUGUUUAUGUUGUGGAAAAUAUUAAUGGGUUUGUUACAGGGGUUGGUGGUUUUUCGUUUCCGGUUAACCGAUCUGAGGGGUGGCCAUGCUCUUAGAGCUCCUGUGGCUGGACGGCUUUACGAGUGUUUUUGGGGAGAGGUCUGGACAGACCCCAACCAAAUCCUCACAGUACUGUAAUAAAAUGGUAUAUUUGACAUUCCAAGUGAAGUAUUAUCAUUACUUUAUUGUUGUGCCUUGGUCAUUGUUCAAAGUCCAAAGAGUAUAUGUUCAAACAAGUAUGAAUUCUGAUUGGGAGUCGAUUGGGCUCCAUCAUUGUUCUUCUAGGAUCAGUGAAAUGAGUACCACUUUGAGGCAAGUAAAGUGAUUAUUCUGUGAAUAAUCUGACCCCUAUUGUGGCAUUCUGAGUUCUCAUCACUUUCUCAGAGCCAUUAAAGGAGAUCAGCACGACCCCUAUUCCUGUAUGAGCUUGGAAACACUUUUCUUUCAUCACAGUUAUGGUUAUGUCAGAAGCUGAAGACAUCCUUCCAAAAUACUGCCUGCAAGCAAAGCAUCAAAUCAGCAGAGCAGCCUCAUGUGAUAAUUUCAGACCUACUUGUGGAUUCACUUCUGUCGGCCUUUUUCAUUCAACGCGAGACCAUGCACUUUCUUUGUAUAUUAUGGUUUGCUAUGUGUUGAUCAUACGAUGUAUUGAUAAAUAUGUUGGUUAUGGGGUUGUUUGAUCAUACCUCACCAUGCAGGUUAGAAGCUGGGAACCCAGGGCUCGUUGAAACAUUCGCCAAUUAUGUUAGCCGUGUGUGCCGAGUAAAUGACAAAUAUCCAGUAAUGCGUUGAGAUGUUUUUUGUGCAGUCAUAGGUAACCAGGCUGAAAACAUCAUCUCAACACCUAAGAUCCGGGUAUAAUCACUGGCGGCUGAAACCUGGAUUCUAAUCCUGGAUAUAACAGGUGCCAACUUGAUAUUUCUGAGUCAUUAUAAACCCUCGAAGAGACAGCCAGAUCCAGCGUUUAAAAGCAGGGACUCAUUUGUGCCGAUUCAGUGGCUCUGAUAUUGGUUUGAGUCAGGGGUGGCACGGGCCGGAUACGACCCGCAACUUAACGUCACAUGACCCUCGGCCAAACGAGGCCUACCUCUCAGAAACCACCUGGAAAUUAUAUUCCUCACUGCAAUCUUAGGUGCACUAAUUGGGUACUGGAGAGGAAUAUUUUGGACCUUUGAAACUUUCCAAUUUUAUGUGCGUUCAGUCACCUGCUCAGUCAAUACAGUCCUUCCAUGGUCAAAGUUAAAUGUUAACUAAUGUGUGGCUCUUCAUAGAUAUAUAUAGAGUCCUAUUUAGUCCUCUAUAAGAAAAAGAUUUCCCACCUCUGGCAUAAUAAGUACUCUUGCCAUUUUAACUGCCUUUAUGUACCCAGGUAAGGGCGCUUUGAGGUACAUCGUCUCUUCAGCAAGGGAUACGUCGGGGACAAUUCACUCGUCUUUUACGUCACCGGGAUAUCGACCACUCGCAUCCAGUAUCUGAUUGAAAUGAAACCUCAUUCAGCAGCUACUUGAAUUUGAAACGAACAUUGUCUGAUGUAUUAUAUCUGAAAUUGACGGUGCCUGUGUGUGCUUUUUUUUUUACCAGUAUCGAUGAAAAUCGACCGGUCUAGCCUAACGUUUUAAAUGCAAAGCCAUGACUCGUGUUUGUU